AGGAGCGAGGCUGUGAGAGGAAAGCAGCCGCCAGGAGCCGGAGGAUGCUGAGCUUCUGCUGAGAGUUGGGAACGACGCUGCUUCUGACACGCCAUCCCAUAAUUAUCCUGAACCGAGCCGGAGUGGAGGGCUGGAACUACAGACAGCGCAGUUUGGACGAGGCGUGUGUUAGYGCGAAUUUCCUUUUCGUCUUACCACUGGAGAACGAAAGAUARACAUGGGCAGCCUGGGUGUUUGGGCCGUGGCUGUGGCUGCUCUGCUGGGAACAUCGGGUUGCUGCCUGGCUGAAGGGCACAGGAGCAGCAGACGAAACAGUGUGGAUACAGCCACCAAGUCACACAACUCCUACAAGGAACUGCACACUGUGGAGAAGGAGAAAGCAGACGGGAACAUCGAUCAAUGCUGUUCCGAUCCAGAUGAUGACCCAUGUCGAAGGACCUACUGUGGACGGGGCCGACAGUGUGUGCUGAUGGCAGAAACUGGACGCGCAGAGUGUAUUUGCCAGGAAAAAUGUCGGCCCUCCUUUGUGCCUGUGUGCGGUUCAGAUGGCAGGUUUUAUGAGAAUCACUGUGAGGUUUACCGCACCGCCUGUCUGGAGAGAAGACGGAUCUUUGUGGUACACAGCAAAGACUGCUUCUUCAAAGGCAGUGCAUGCACCAUGUCAGAAUAUAACAAGCUGAAGAACAUGCUGCUGGACAUGCAACCCAAAGUACCCAAGACAGGAGAGCAGAACCAGCAGAGAGAUAUGGAGGAGAAGAGAGCCCUGGUGGACACGAUGUUUAAAUAUCUUGAUGUAAAUCAGGACAGCCGGCUGGUCAGCGAAGAAUUAGAAAAGAUCUCAAUGAAGGAGCAUCUGGAUGACAGUCUUUUGGAGUGCACCAUGCAAGAUCUGCUUCGUUACGAUGAUUAUAACAAUGAUGGACACCUCAGCCUGCAUGAGUUCUACACAGCUUUUCAGGUUGUUCAGCUGAGCCUGGCAGAGGAUCAGCAAAUCAGUGUCUCGACGGUAACGGUGGGCCUCAGCGCCGUCCUCACCUGCUCCAUCCAAGGGACUCUGCGUCCACCAAUCAUCUGGAAGAGAAAUGGCAUCAUAUUAAAUUUUCUGGAUCUAGAGGACAUUAACGACUUUGGGGACGAUGGCUCGUUGUACAUCACCAAGGUGACAACAAUACACAUGGGCAACUACAGUUGCCAUGCCUACGGCUAUGAAGACCUCUAUCAGACACAUGUGCUGCAGGUGAAUGUUCCUCCGGUGAUUCUGGUCUACCCAGAGACACAAGCCCAGGAGCCCGGUGUGUCUGCCAGUCUCCACUGCCACGCCGACGGCAUCCCAAAUCCCAAACUCCUCUGGCUAAAGAACGGCAUGGAUCUGCAGCUCAGUUCCACUACACAGCUUUCUCUUAUAGCUAAUGGUAGUGAGCUGUUUAUAGCUAGUGUCCGCUACGAGGACACUGGGGCCUACACCUGCAUCGCCAAGAAUGAGGUUGGAGUGGACGAAGACAUCUCCUCUCUUUUUGUAGAGGAUUCAGCCAAGAAGACCCUUGCAAACAUCCUUUGGAGAGAAGAAGGGUUGAGUGUGGGGAACAUGUUCUACAUCUUUUCUGAUGAGGGCAUCACUGUUCUUCAGCCCAGCGAAUGUGAAAUACGCAGACAUAUGAAGAGGACAGAGAGGAUUGUUGCAACCUAUGAGGAGAUGUGCCCUAAAGGUGAGGGUGUUUCCCCUCAGCACUGCGUGUGGUCUUCAGCAGUCAACGUCAGAGAUAAGUACAUCUACGUGACCCAGCCGCUACAGAGCCGACUGCUAGUCAUCGAUAUUCAAGCCCAAAAGGUUGUUCAGGCAGUUGCAACAGAUCCUUUUCCAGUCAAGCUGCUCUACGAUAAAUCUCAUGACCAGGUGUGGAUCCUAACUUGGGGCGAUGUGGACAAAACACACCCAACACUUCAGGUAAUUCCUCAAGCCAGUGUGGGUGAAGUUCAUCAUGCCAUUCGCACAACUUUCCAAAGGGUGAACGACUUCUUCAUCCCUCCAACUAACCUCAUCAUAACUCAUGUGAGGUUUGCAUUUGUCUUCCUAAAGAAUGAACCUGCGGUGCACAAGAUUGAUCUGGAGACCUUCCAUCGUGUCAAAACUAUCAGCUUGAAGAAUUAUAGCUGCAUACCAGCCAGCAUGGCCUACACACACCUGAGUGGCUUCUACUUCGUUCAGUGCCAGCGCAAGAGCCUUCUGCACGCUCCAUCCCAGCUCCUCAUCGACAGCGUGACAGACACAGUGAUCGGUCUGAACUCAAAUGUCACGGGACAGGCUUACGUGUCACCAGACGGCCGCUACAUUGUGACACCUGACCCACAGAGCCCAAAGCUGACAGUACAGACAGUGUCAUUCCAGGGGGAGCUGAGUCUCAACCAGGAAAUACAUGAGCCCAUAAGCAUCUCUGAUCUGGUUUUCCAGCCCUCCUUCACGGAGUCCAAUCAGCAUGUAGUCGUGGCCACCUCGGGGUCAGGCACAGACUUGCUGUUUGCCGAUUUGUCAUCAGGCCGCACCAAGAUACUGCAAAGCCUAAAGGAGCCCCUGACCCCCCAGUCCUGGCCCUGGGGAGGCCCCAACAGAGUGGUGGUCUCCAGUGGGUUGUUUGGACAGUACCUGGUAACACCAUCAGUAGAGUCCCUCUUUGUUGUGAACGGCAAACAGAGAACGCCACAUUGCGAGGUAUCAGACAUAAAAAGAGCAAACACAGUUGUCUGGGUUGGCGAGGUAUGAGUAAAAACAAACAAAAUAAAAACAUUAAAGGAAAAAAAGAGGAGACUUAGAAUUAGUGAAAUGCAUUAAUGGGGUAAAAAAGGAAGAGAAAUCAGGCCAAAUUAUCUAUUAAGAUUUAUUUGAACCUAAGUUGUAAACCCAGCCCUGGGACUGAGUGAGAGGAAAACAUGUCUGGGUUUGCUCCAACAAAAGUACACAAAAAUAGAAUCAAUGAGAAAAUACUUAGAAAAUCUUUUGUGAUAUUUCUAUUGGGAGAAAGUGUCAAUGCUGUUCAGUGCAACAGUGAUCUAUGUGCACUUAACUAUACAGAAUUGUACAUUAUUGCACUUCCUUCCAUUUUAUCACAGCAAAUAGGUACCUGAAGAGGCGUAAUUAAACUACAAACUAUGCACAAUGCUCACUUUUUUUUUUAGAAUUAAAAGCUUUCCAGUUUUGUUUCUUAACAAUGUCUGUUUUCACCAGUGCUGCAUAUAGUCACCACAAACUGUCUGUCUUGUCUGCCUUUAGUGUGUAGUAUUCUGAGUCUUUUAAAAGCUAACAGCAGCAUCUGUUGACUCGCCUUUGUCAUGGUAUUGUACUGUACUCUCUCUGAAAGCUUUCAUUCUCAUGCUGGCAGAAGUUGGCUUUAUGCACUUGUGUAAUUCCCUCCAUUUACUUUGUCUAUCCAAAGAGCCCAAUCGGUCCAUUGGUCAUCAACAAUAGAUGUUUCAGACACCGAGGAAAUGAAAGUACAUCCUCUGGUCUCUUGAAAUGGUAUAAUUCAUCCCCCUGCUGUCUCUUACAUUUACGCAGAACCAGUAUCACAGUUUUGUGCUGCAAAGCCUAAAAAUGCCACUUAUUCCAUUUAGCAGAUUCCCUCAGGGUAAUGGCUCUGGUUUGCGCUGCCCCAUAUGCUGAGGUUAAGCCAAAGCAGCAUCAACUAUGGUAUCUGAUGGGCUGUGAGCAUUUGUGUAUCCUCUCAGAGAGGAGUUAAUCAAAAAAUAACAUUUUAUCUAAUGUAGACUGAUACUGCUACCUGUUAACUACAAGCAUAAUUUUAAUAGAUUGUCUCAUCAUCCAUUAAAACUUGGUACAUAGGACUGUUUUAGUAACUCUAGGAGUACAUGGCAAACAAUUAAGAUGUGUAUUUAGUGUUGUUCAAAAUUUUCUGUUCAUACUCAUGAAAAAAAUCUGUCUCCUAAGCAGUAACUGAACAAACACCAGCAACUUCUCAUCUAUUAGAAUAGCACAUAUUCUGUGUUUGAACUGUACCAUCCUUGGUGUAAUUGUGUUUUUCCACUUGCACUAAUCAUCACAAUGAUGAGUCAUUAGCAGCAAGACAACACUGCAGUUUCUUCAGUAGUAAUAAUGACUGGAACAAUAAUGUCUCUAAGCAUUUUUACUCUCAACAGAAGGCUGGCCUACUCAUAAAUGCUCAGCUUGGACAAUAUUCAUAAUGGCUUUCAUACGUUGAACUGAAGUGGCUGUUGGGUCAUUUUACUCUUCCUUCAAAGCACCAGAUGCAACAUUUGUCUAAAAACUGGUUCUAAUGUAAAAAAUCUUCACAUAUACAGCUGCUUUUCUUAUUUAGAGAAUUAAAAACAGUUUUUUUUAACUGCAGCAGUAAAUUCUUAUACUACUUGUCAAGAUUUUAUAUACUUUUGCAAAUAAUUGCCUUGUUUAGGACUAUUCUAGCCUGGUUUAAACCAGACCCUGUCCUUCACUUUGCUUCGUACAAGGGUCUGGACUUGAAGCKUUUCUUGCAGGAGGCGUGGCCUCUGCUGAAGUUUAAAAUGAUUGGAUGGUUUGGCCGCAAGUGCAAGCUCCACAGUGAAGGAGGCUAAGCUAAGAAGCUAAUCGGAAAUCGCAUGCGCUGUAAACAACCCUAUUGAAAGGAGAAAAGUACGGAGCCAAACGAGACGACUGUAAAUGAGAGCUGCUGCUUUGUCACACAAAUUUAAUUUAAUUUGGAAGCCUUAUCAUC